AAUGAUUUCCUCAGGGAAUACUUGCCUUGGCGCAAUGAAUAUCUUUCAGUGUUGUUGGAGUUGGAACAGCUGAUCAACAAUGGGAAAUGUGAGGAUUGCGGACGAGAGGAGGGCUUUAUUCGUUGUCUGUCCUGCUCAGGAGAGCACAGCUGGUGUUCCUCAUGUGCUGUCAAAGCCCACCAGCACAACCCCUUCCACAACCUUCAGCUUUGGAAUGGCAAGUUCUACGAGUCUACUACCCUAUGGGACCAUGGGUAUAUAAUGCAUCUUGGCCAUGGGGGACAUCCUUGUCCCAAUGUGUUGCAGCAGUCAAACCUGUCACCCUGGUCAGAUCUUGGAGCCAUGGAAGAUGUGUUUGCACACGUGGAGGGGGAUACUAUUUAUGAAACACAGUUGGGAUUGUCUAACCUGGUCAUUGUGCACUCCACUGGAGUUUACUCACACUGUGUAUCCUGGUGUCAGUGUCCUGGAGCUGAGAAGGACAGACAUCUACAUCUGCUAAAAGCAAAGUUAUUUCCUGCCAGCAUCACUCGGCCUCAAUCUGCUUUUACCUUCGAUGUGCUAGAUAACUUCCUCAUAGACGCUUUGGAGUGCAAGACCUCAGCUAUGAGUUUCUAUCAAAAGCUACGUCGUUUUACCAACAAUGCUUUCCCUCAUACAAUACCUGAUCGCUACCGUGAACUUAUGCGGGUGUCUCGUAUAUGGAGGGAUUUGGUCAAUAGAAUAAGGUUUGGCUUUGCAUAUGAGUCGGACAGAUCUCCUGGUCCAGGGGAUUUAGCUCUUUAUUGUCCAGCAUGUCCCCAGCCUGGCAUCAACUUACCUUCUUCUUGGAAGGAUACCUAUGACAGUUGGUUGGUCAUGCAAAGAUAUGUUGUCGAUGGAAAUUUUACAGCUCAGCAUAUGAAGAUGAAGACUCCAGAAGAUGAUGUUUCACUAGCAGACGGAAAGGGAUACAUGGUAACAGAAGGACCUUAUGAAACUCACAUAAUAGAAUCUAAAUCAUCUUGCAGCAAUCACCGUGCUGUGAAUGCAGCCAAUGUCCAGAGAAGCAACCUAAGAGCUACAGGAGUUGGGGCAACUGCAUGUGCUAGGCAUGGAUGUUUUGUUCCCCAUGCAGUAGUUGACUUCCAAAAGGGAGAGAGGCAAAUGAACAUGGACUAUUCCAUCUGCAAUGCAUUGAAAUAUCCAUCAGAAGAUAUUGGCAGUGCACUCAUAAUCUAUGAUGUUGCAUGCCAGUGGAGUAUCCACUUCCAUGAACGGGUGAAUCAAAGCUAUCACCUGUCUCUUCCUCAAUCAAUCAAAAUAUUGCCAGCGGUCGGCAAGUUUCAUCUAAGCGCUCAUAAGCUACUGUGCUUUCCCAGAUUCAGCCUUAAUUUUAUUACAGGAGCUGGUCAUAUUGAUGGGGAAAUCUUGGAGACCCUCUGGGCCCCAUUUAACAAGAUUUCCCCAACUGCAAGGUCCAUGACUCUCUCUCACAGACAGGAAGUCUUGGAUGACCAUAUGAGGGAUUCUAAUUGGAAGAAGCUUGUCAGAAUUGGCAAGUCCCCUUUAUUUCUGAGAUCCAUACAGGGCAUUAAAGACACUCAGGGUCCGUAUGAAGAAUUAACGAAGUCUCUUGAUCGGGCCAAUAUUCAGAAAUGGAAGAAGGAAGCUGAACUAGCAGCUCUUCACCGAGGUGAGCUUCUCGACAUCUAUCAGCUCACAAUGGAUAAAGCUCCAACUAUGGCUGAAAUAAGGCUAAGGUUGACUGAAAACGAAGUGUCCACCAAUGGUAGGACUGGGGCUGUUGCAUGGUUGAUCGAGGGUAUCAACAUAGAAAAUGCUCAGUAUGGCCUACGUUCUUCUAUAAGACAACUGCCAGAGGAUCCAACUGCUUCUCAGAGAACUCUGAUGGAAGAAAAAAGGCAGAAACUCUUGUCUCGCAUCAAUAAGUUCCACGAGACUGCAUUGGCUGAUGGAUCUAAUUUUCCAGGAAUUGAAGAGCUGGGGGAAGACAGUAUUUUGGACGUCGGAGAUAAUGCUGACUCACCUGCAGAGGUUGCUGAACUUUGGAUGCCAUCAUGGGGGACAUCUGAUCCGAUCAUGAAUGAUGUUGUUAUUCCAUUACGUCAAGAAGAACUGGAGCUUCGAAAGGGUCAAGCAAAUGACUGCCUGGAAAAGCUUCAUCAAGCUCUCGGUGACAGAUCUGUGGUGUUUCGAGAGAAAUUACACUCCAACAAAUCAAUCCAUCAUCAGGGUACUAGAUCAACAAAGGAACUUCGAAAAAUCACCUUGGCCAUCAACAAACAUGCUCAAGAAUAUCGCAGAUCAAGGGCAGCAAUGCAACGAUUAGGGGCUGAUUCUGAUACAAUGUCAUCUUAUCAAGCCCUAAAGGCUGAGAACCUUACAGUAAGCAAAGAAGUCACUGAGGAAAAUAGGCAUGGUCAGGGUUCUGAUAGGCUAGCUUGGUUUUGGAGAAUCAACAGUGCAGAGGACAGCCAGAAGAGCGAGUGGAUGAAUGAAUUUUAUCAAGUCAAUUGGUUGAAAGCAAAAGCACGAUAUGACCGUUGGAGUGAAGAGCUGAAGUUGGUACAGCAUGAAAUGUGUUGGACAGUAUGGUGGUUUCAGAAGCAGGAGUCGGAGUAG